GCACUCCACGUCCAGAUUCCAGUCCGGGUUUUGUGGCUCCCCCGCCGGGCAGAGGAGCUUAUCUCCCCUUCCUUUGUGUUUAAACCGUUUUCAGUGCACUCUGUAGGACCGGGGACACUGCAGAGACCGGGAGAGACCGCUUUCUGUCAGACUUUACUCAUGUCUCUGGGACCAGAACCGGACUUCUCCAAUGAUGAUGUGUUCAGCAGCCGGUUCCCCGUCCACCGCGCCUGCAGGGAUGGGGAUGUGGGAGUUCUGGUCUCACUCUCACAGAACCAGACUCAUCUGACUGCUGAGGACUCCAGCUACGGGUGGACCCCCUUACACUGGGCUGCUCACUACGGACAGCUGGAGUGCGUGGUACACCUGGUGCAGAUGGGCUGUGAGGUGAACACGCUGACCAGCCGCUUCAAUCAAACUCCCACACACACCGCGGCGUUCGGGGGACAUCCUCAGUGUGUGGUGUGGCUGACUCAGGCUGGGGCGGACAUCAACAGGCAGGAUUUUGUCGGCGAGGCUCCCAUCCACAAGGCGGCCCGGUCCGGAAGCUUGGAGUGCAUCCAGGUCUUGUUGAUAGCAGGUGCUAAACCACAUUUAAGGAAUGCCAGCGGACAGACAGCAGCCGACCUGGCGCUCACUCACGGCUUCCAUGAAGGUUUCCUCCUCCUUUCCAAAACCCAGAAGCACCUGCAGCAGCUGAGUGGGGUGCACCUGAACGGGGAGCCGAAUGGGAACAGCACCCCCGGUAGUCAGGAGGUGCACGGCAGGAAGAGGCUGCUGAAUGCUGCAGAGAGUGGACAGAUGAAGAGAGCACGGAGGGUAGAGAACAUGGCGCUGCAGAUGCAGAACGGAGGAGAAGAAGAGCUGGAGAGCAUGAACACAGAGUCUGCAGAGGAGAUGAACUCAGAUGAGGACACCAAAGCUUUUACAAACGGCCAUCACCACACGCUGCCUUACAACCAGGAGGCCUCUAACCCGCCAAGAAGCCCCUCCCCCUCUCCUCAAGCUAAUCAGCAGGCAGCAACACCCGCCAAGCGCUCCUUUUCUGACAUGUGUGGCUCCCUCCAUCUCACCGGCAGCCCCAGCAGCUGCGUGUCCCACCGCCCGGCCUGGUGGGGUCACAUGGGAGGGGCGGACUUCGGGGGAGACCUUCAGUAUGGACACUUCCACGGCUUCGGGGACACGGCGGAGGAGCUGAGCAGCAGCCGACUGGACUACUGCAGCAGCGUGCAGGCGGAGCAGAGAUACAAGCAGGCGGUGGCCAGCAGCAUCCACCUCUACCACGGAUCAUAAACGCAGACACGGGGGUCACUUCAUACGCUUUAAAGAACACAGAUCAGAUAUGUAGAUGCUGCCAGAGCCAGAGUGACAACUACAGAUACCUAAACCUACUUAAAGCUCUUCUUCUGUCUUCAUCUCUCAGUCUUCAUCACCUGUCCACAAGCUAAAAACUGGCUUUAAACUACCAGAUACCUACCUGCUGGCAGAUUCAAAGAACGCAGGUCCAUUAACAUGAUAUAGUGGCUCUAAUCUCAGAAUAUGAAUCAAUCCUGCUAAAUUUGUCCCUAAUCCUCUGCCGAAGAAGCUGAGGUCAGAUUCAUGAUGGUUUGGAGAAGUCUGGACUCUGGCUGGCUUGCUUUAAAAAUCACUGUGUGUACAUUGUGUAGUAGUAAAGGUGUGUGUUGCCGUCCGCUGACUGUAUAAGGCCUGGAUGUACCAAAGGGAACAUGUUAUUUUGACUCCUGUGUUAUUUAUGUUUGUAGAGCAGAGAUGUUUGUCUUUUUAUAAAAGUAGGUUUUUGGGGUAUUUGUGGGAUGAUUGUAAUAUUUAAAGAGUGUGCUGCAGACAUGCUGUGUGUACACGGGGACGGUGUGCCAAAAACAACAACCACGCUGCUGCUUCUUCUUUUUGUACUCUUCUUGUUUUUUUGACUUUUACUAUUAAAACGUUUUUACAGUUUCA